GCGCAUUACAGACCGAGGCGAAAACCCGGAAGAUGCACGUUAGAGGAUACUAAACAAACAUCUUGCUGUAAUCUCUUCUCACAACUUACUUUAGGAAACAGUAACGCUCGUACAUCAGAUCUGCUGUAAUAUCUGACUUGACUUUGGCACUGACAGCUUGUGAGUGAUCCGGAUGAUGGCUGCCGUGUCGAUAAUGCUUCUGUAGCCGAGCUGCUUCUGACUCAUUGAAACACUGAAAACAAACUUUUGGCGAGCUCCUGAGCAGCAGCAGAAGAUGCCAACUCGUAACGUCGUGUCCAACGGGACUGCUAACAGCAAAGUUAGGUACUCCAGGUUAGCCACUGAUGAUGACGGCUACAUUGACUUACAGUUCAAAAGGAGCCCACCCAAAGUCCCAUACAAAGCCAUAGCACUAGCCACAGUGCUCUUCUUAAUCGGCUCGCUGUUAAUCAUCAUUGGCGCCCUUCUCCUGGCUGGAUACUUUGGAGCCACUCACUCGGACCGAACCGUGCCUGUCCUUAUCAUUGGGAUCCUUGUCUUCCUGCCUGGAAUUUACCACCUACGAAUAGCUUACUAUGCUUCAAAGGGCUACCGUGGCUACUCCUAUGAUGACAUCCCAGACUUUGAUGACUGACAAACACCACAGCUUCAGCCACAGUCUUCCUGUACUCACAUAUACUCAUAAUAUUCUGCUUGUGCUAAUUUAAAUGUGCUGAUAUCUUGAAAGAAAAUAAGGUUAAAUUCAUUCUGUAAAUUACCUGCAUCUAAAUCUGAAGGAUUUUGAUUAUUGUCAUGGGGUUAUAUGUCUAGGUAUCUGAUGCCAGCCUGCUAUUUAUGAAGCCAAAUCAGUAGCAGAUGUUGUUUGAUUUGUAUAUUUGUUUUGUUAGCUUGAUAAAUUAAUAAAACUGCAAUUUGAAGAGUC